AUGCGAAAAAUCGUCAGCUCCGAAAUCCUUUCGCCUUCCUUGCACCGAUUUCUCCACAAGAAAAGACUACAAGAAGACGAUCAUCUCGUGAGAUAUGUUUACAAUCACGGGCUUGUGAAUAUUAGGGCUGUGGCCCAACACUACUGUGCCAACGUGAUUCGGAGAAUGGUUUUUGGUAAGAGAUUUUUCGGGCUCGGGAUGGAGGACGGGGGCCCGGGAAAAGAGGAAAUCGAGCAUGUUGAGGCAGUGUUUAGUGUUCUGAAAUAUUUAGUGAGAAAGUAUCAAGAUCCUGAGAUUAUGAAGAGAGUGGAUAUGUGGCGAGAAGGGAUUAAGAAGACGGAGGAGGAUAUUCUUGAUGUCUUGAUUAAUCUCAAGGACUCGGAAAACAAUCCCAUAUUGUCCGUUCAAGAGAUAAAGCCCAAAUUAUUGACACAAAUUAGUCGAUUAUCAUCCUUAAACGAAAUAAUGAUAGCUGCAGUUGAUAAUCCGUCAAAUGCAGUGGAGUGGGCUAUUGCAGAGUUUAUUAAUCAACCACGUAUACUCGACAAGGUGCACGAAGAAUUGGAUCGGGUUGUGGUUGGCGGCUAUUUCAUCCCUAAAGGGAGCCAAAUUAUGUUGAGCUGGAUCGGUUUAGGACGCAACCCUAGGGUUUGGAACGACCCUCUCAAAUAUAAACCCGAGCGCCAUAUCAUGAAUGGACGAGAGAAAGAAGUUGUGCUAGUGGAUAACGAACUUAACAUAUUGUCAUUCAGUACUGGAAGACGUGGAUGCCCGGCAGUCGUGCUUGGGUCUACCAUGUCAACAAUGCUUUUAGCUCGACUUCUUCAGGGUUUCAAUUUCAUGACGCCACUUGAUGGGGUGAAAGUCGACCUGGUCGAGUCAGAAGGAGACUUGCAGUUGGCUAAGCCAUUAAUUGCGCGUGCUGAACCUCGGUUAGAACCACACAUUUACUUGGGGAUCGUUUGA